AUGACCCUCAAGUUUGCCGCGCCUGACUCGCCAUACGUGUUCGAAUCGACUCAGGGUAUUGAUGCCAAUGAUAUUUUUGGCAAGGCAACUCCUCUUGAUCCCCACACUUUGAAGGAAGCCGUACCUCUCCCCAACUCGGCUGAACCGGGAUAUAGUGCUAUCUACCGUAACAAGACGUUUCCUGAAGCGUUGAAAUGUGCUUUUUCACCUCAACUCACCACAGUUUAUGAAUUACUCAUCAAUUCUUUCAAGUAUUACUCCAACAAACCAGCGCUUGCUUGGAGAGAAUACGAUUACGAAACCGGUAAAAGUGCUCCUGAUUACAAGUCUAUCACCUAUCUGGAGCUCAACGAGACCAGAAGUGCCUUGGGUGCUGGUUUGAUGUACUUGUUGAAGUCGAAUCCUUACAAAGAUUCCGCCAGAUAUGCUUCCCAUGCUAAGAUUGACAAUCAUGAAAGAGAUUACAAAAGUUAUGAUUCCAACAACAUGUCGUUUGUAGCCACCUUGUUCUCUGGCAAUCGUGCUGAAUGGUGUAUUGCCGACGUGAUGACAUCGACGUUUUCAAUCACCAAUACUGCUUUGUAUGAUACGUUGGGACCCGAUACGUCGCAAUUUAUUUUGUCUUCCACCGAGUCGCCGGUCGUGAUCACUUCUAGUGACCAUAUUGAAGAUUUGGUGAAGCUCAAGGCCGACAACCCACUGUCGUUGGGUCAGUUUAUUGCAAUUAUUUCCAUGGAUCCUUUGGACUUGAAAGGCUCUUCAGCCAAGGCUUUGAAGGACCAGGGUCUUGUGGCUUAUGCCAAUGAUCACAAUAUUACCGUCCACGAUUGGAAUCAAGUACGCCAACUUGGUGAAAUUUUCCCCAUUAACGACUUGCCUCCAACCACAGAAUCCGUUUAUACUAUCAGUUUCACAUCUGGAACUACUGGUGCGAAUCCAAAAGGUGUCAUUCUCACCCACAAAAUAGCCACUUCAGGGAUCACCUUUGUGUUGUCGCAGUUCCCUCAGGAGCCCAAUGGCAGGGCUUUCUUGUUUCUUCCUUUGGCUCAUAUUUAUGAGAGACAAAAUUACGGUGUCGUUUUGACUGGCGGCUCAUGCGCCGGAUUUCCUCGCUUGCACGGCACGCCUUUGACUUUGGUGGAAGACUUGAAGAUCUUCAAGCCCUCUCAUAUGUCUAACGUGCCUCGAGUUUACUCCAAAUUUGAAGCUGCCUUGAGAGCUGCUACCGUUGACCACCCUACCUCGGCCUUAAAACGGUCUCUUUUCCAAAAGGUAAUCGACACCAAAAUCGAAAAGAGAAGACAACACGAAGUGGGAGGUGAUUACCAUCUCUUGUACGACCCUACUGUGAUUAAAAAAUUGCGUGCUCUGUUGGGUUACGAUAACAUGAUUUGGACCGUUACAGGCUCUGCUCCAAUCUCACCUGCGACUAUUGAAUUUCUCCAGGCAGCUUUAAAUAUUUCACUUUUCCAGGGUUAUGGUCUUACUGAGUCAUACGCCGGUAUUUCGGCAAGUGUAUCUAAUGAUUCUCUUGGCAGUUGUGGAGCCAUAGGAAUUACUGGUGAAAUUCGUGUAAAAGAAUUGCCCGAGAUGGGAUACCAUUUAGACGGUCCAAACGGCCCCAGUGGUGAAUUGAUGCUUCGUGGUCCUCAGAUUUUUGAAAGCUACUUUAAGAAUCCUGAAGAAACGGCCAAAUCCGUCAGCAAGGAUGGAUGGUUCAGCACUGGAGAUGUGGCUCGGAUCUCAAAAGAGGGCCGGAUUUACAUUGUUGAUCGUGUGAAGAACUUUUUCAAGUUGGCCCAGGGUGAGUAUGUCACACCUGAAAAGGUCGAAAACACUUACUUGUCUGGUAACCACUUGCUCACCCAAGCUUACGUCCAUGGAGAUUCGCACCGUCAUUUCUUGGUUGCGGUUCUUGGAGUGGAUCCUCAAGGAAUUGUGAGCUUUUUGGUAGAGAAAUGUGGCCAUUCAAAGGCAAGUUUGAGAAACAAAUCCCCACAAGAAAUCUUGGAGAUUUUGAACAAGCGUGAAGUCAGAAAAGAACUUUUGUCUAUCUUGAAUACUGGUGCCUAUAAGAAGAAGGCUUUGCAAGGUUUUGAGAGAUUACACAAUAUCUAUGUUGAAUUUGAGCCAUUGACGGUUGAGCGUGGUGUGGUGACACCUACCGUGAAAUUGAAACGUCCAAUUGCUUUAAAGUUCUUCAAGACGCAGAUCGAAGCCAUGUACGAUGAGGGACUGUUGCUUUACGACCAGUCGAAGAUGUAA